AUGGCCCUGUGUAUUUCAUUACCGUGGCUGGCUGGGUGGUGGGAGCUGAAGGUCAGCCGGCAGGGGCCUUGCUUUGAAACCAACAGGCUGGAGGAUGCCAAGAGCCCCAUGCUGAGAGGAAGGAGACCCACACGCUGCUUCACCCCUCUGCUGGAAAUCAAUGCUUUACAUGGCGGUGGAGACUAUCUGGGUUUUCUAUUUACUUUCGUUGGGCUUCUGUGGACCAUCCGCUCAAGAGAAGCCUGUGACGGUGGAGCUGAGCUGUGGGGCAGGGCCUGUCCUCGUGGUGCUGGAGCCGGGACAGCCUCUGCUGCUGGACUGUCACCUGGGGGCCACGCCCCUGGACACGCCCCUGAACGUCACCUGGCUGCAGAAUGGGCUCCCUGUACUGGAGGGGAGGGGGACUCCCUCAGGACCCUGGCCAAUGGCUCACUGCUGGUGCUGCCCACCUCUGUGGAUGGCCGGACGCCUCAAGGGGUGGAGGGGGGCUACAGCUGUGUGAGCGCCGGCCCUUUUGGAGCUCUGACCAGCCGCACCAUCACCGUUCACCUGGCCACGCUGUCUCGUUUCCAUCAGGAUCCAGAGGCCCAGGUGGUGCCCGUGGGGGGUGCUUCCCGCUUUGAGUGCCAGAUAGACGGAGUGCCCACGCCAAGGAUAACCUGGGAGAAGGACCAGGAACCCAUCCCGAGCCAGCUUAGGUUCAUCUCUCUCCCUAACGGUGUGCUCCAGAUCUUGGGGGCGGUUAAGGAGGAUGGGGGUGCGUACCGCUGUGUGGCCUCCAACUCGGCCCGGAAACGCUUCAGCCAAGAUGCCAUCCUCACUGUCACUGCGGGUCCUGGCCCUGCCCAAAAUGAGGUAGUGAUCGUGGCACCUCCCCAGAAUGCCACGGUGGUGCAGGGGCGUCCAGCGGUGAUGGAGUGCAUGGCCCAGGGGGGUCAGCCCAAACCCCUGGUGUCCUGGAGCAGACAGGACGGGAAGCCCAUCGCCACCGACGUGGUUGUCCUGGAAACCAACCUGGUGAUCCCCAACACACGGCGUUACCAUGCGGGGGUCUACGUCUGCCGUGCCAACAAACCCAAGACCCGCGAGUUUGUCAUAGCUGCAGCUGAACUGCACGUGCCAGCCCCACCAGUAAUCCUCCAGCCCCCAGAGACGGUGUCUCUCUCUCGGGGAAACACAGCCAGGUUUGUGUGUAACAGCUCUGGGGAGCCUCCCCCGGCGCUGCACUGGCUGAAGAAUGGCAAGCCGGUCAAGUCUAACGGACGAGUGAAGACCCAGAGCCCUGGGGUGCUGCUCAUCAACCAGCUGGGCCUGGAUGACACAGGGUACUACCAGUGCAUCGCUAACAACGCUCUGGGGACGGCCUGCGCCACAGCCAAGCUGUCUGUCAUUGUGAGAGAGGGUCUACCCAGCCCACCACACCAGCUCUCUGCCACGCCCCAAUCAAGCACCACCGCCCUCCUCACCUGGGAACGGCCCGAACACAACAGUGACCAGAUUAUAGGCUUCUCUGUGCACUACCAGCCCACUUCAGGCUCUGAUCACAUGGAAUACCAGUUUGCUGUGAACAACGACACCACAGAGUACCAUGUGAGGGAGCUACUGCCACACACAGCCUAUACCCUUUACGUGGUGGCCUACUCCCCCAUGGGAGCCAGCCGCCCGUCACGGCCCGUCACCGUGGAGAUGCUGGAGGACGUACCCAGUGCCCCUCCACAGCUGUCCCUGCUCAGCACCUCCCCUACAGACAUCAGAGUGAUGUGGCUGCCCCUGUCCUCCCAGCACAGCAGAGGAGCUGUCACACGCUACCGCAUCGACUACUCCACACUGGAACAGGUGGACAAGGUGUUUUCUGUGGAGGUGGGGGGGAAUGAGACUCAGCUUACCUUGCGGGAGCUGCUGCCUAACCAGGCCUAUCGGCUGCGGAUGGCGGCCGGAACGGGAGCAGGCUUUGGUGUGCCGUCAGAGUGGAACCAGCACCACACCCCAGCCCACUUUAACCACAGCAUGGUGAUCUUUGCUCCCACAGAGCUGAAGGUUAGGGCCAAAAUGAACUCCCUCCAUGUCACAUGGCAGCCCCCGCCCAAUCACACGCAGAUCUCCGGCUACAAGCUCUUUUGCAGGGAGGUGGUUGGUGAGGAGCUGACCAAUGGGGAGGCUCAUCCUGAGAGGGAGAGGGUGAGGAGGAUGGAGGCCCACACCAUCAAGCUCCGCAAGAGGGUCAAACAUCAUGAGGUCUCUAGUCUGGUCCCUGACAGACUCUAUGAAGUGAAGGUGUGGGCCUUCAAUAAGCAGACGGAUGGCUAUGCUGCAGGAUGGAAGGGCAGGACGGAGAAGGCACAUGGCAAAGCGCCCCCUAAGGGGAACCCUCCUCCCCUGCCCCCCAGCAGCAUCAAGGCUACUGCCAACAGCUCCACAUCCAUCUGGCUGCGCUGGGAGAAACCUCGCUUCAGCAACGUCCGCAUCAUCAACUACACCGUCCGCUGCAGCCCGGUUGGCAUCAGAAACGCAUCGCUUGUGUCCUACUACACCAGCUCUGCUCAGGAGAUCCUCUUGGGGGCGCUAAAACCCUACACCCGCUAUGAGCUGGCUGUGCAGUCCAAUGGAGGAGACGUGGUUGGUCCCUUCAGCGGCACUGUGGAGGAGUCCACUCUCACUGACAUACCCUCCACCCCCCCAGCGGAGCUGCAGCUCAGUGCCUUGGACUCCUCCUCGGUGUUGGUGAACUGGCGCCCGCCUGUGGAGCCCAAUGGCAUCAUCAUCAGCUACAGGAUCCUAUACACCAUCAACCUCAGCCGGCCUGAGCACCUGUGGAACAACCUCUCCCAAGAUGGGACCAUCAUGAGUGCUGAGGUAGCAGGGCUGUCUAGUGGGACACAAUACUUCUUUAAGAUGAGGGCAUCCACUGAGGUGGGGGUGGGGCCUUACUCCCCAGUGAAGGAUGUGCACACUCCUCCCAGGAAAUAUGAGCUGGACAUCCAUGCAGUGACAGGCAUCAUAGUUGGUGUGUGUCUGGGGCUGCUCAGCAUGCUCCUUUGUAUGUGUGUCAGCUUCCGCAACGGCAAGGCCAGAGAGGUGUCUGGAGGGCUGGACUCCACUGCUCUGCCCCCACAGUACCAUCAUGGGUGUCGGUCUGUGCCCACCAUGGUGCCAGAAUGCAGUGAUUGCCAUGAGCUAGAGACCCUGAUGCCCCUGGGCAGCCUGGACCAUGAACAUGACUGCACCCAACCCCUCACAGAGCCCACUGAGGAGCACAGCCUCAUGGGUAAUGUAGGAAUAGGGGACGAUGCCCUAGGAGCGGAGCUCAUGGCUGCUUGGAAUGGGUCAGUUAGUCGUAACUGGGCCAACCGGAUCACCAAAUACAGGGAUACCAUCACAGAGGACUCUCCAACGCUCAACAAUGGAACUUUGGACAUGGCCACCACAGAGAAUGGCAAGGGCAACCCCGAGGACCAACUGGAGUCCUCCCUGUGCAGUAGUAACCAGGUGGAGGCAGAGGUCAUAGUUCACUCUGAGCUGAACGACCUGGAGAAGGAGCAGCAGGAGGCGCAGAGUGACACGGAAGAGGACUCUCAGGCCACCAGGGGGCCUUCACUGUCCGAGGCAGAUUACUCCCCAGUCAGUCAGGCUGCCCAGGCACCACAACGUCUAUCACCAGGGGAGGAGUCCCUAGAGACACAACCCCUGCCCAAGGUCCCAAUCGGCCCUGUCCUGGAGCCAGUGUCCAAUCACAAUGGGCAGCCAGAGGGCAUUGUUGGGGGCAUGGUGGGCGUGGCAGCGCAGCAGACUGUAGAUGUGGGGCGGCACCCGGAAAUGGGGCUCACCAACGGCUUCCACUCCACCAAGCCCCUGCGGCCAGGGCAGGAGACCCUGGGGAACGGGGACUCCAGACACUGCCCCCCUCCCCCUGCCCCCUCUCCUUUCAUCAGCGCCGGCCUUGUCCACUCUAACUCAGCAGUGCACAGCUACCUGUGCCCUUAGCAAGAGGAACAAACCCCCACACAAAGACCAACUGGACUCCUUUCUUUUUCUCAUUCAUGAUGAAUCAAAUGUUUUGUUUUUUAAAGCACCUCAGUAUCUGAUUUUCUUCUUCCUGGCUCAGUUUUAUAGGUACUUUGAAUCCAUUGUUUUAUAUGUGUAUAUAUACAGUAUAUAUUUUUUAGUGCUAGUAUGUAUGGGUAUUCAUUUUGUUGCAUAGCAGCAGUAUGUUAGUCUGGCCUUAAUCUGUACUUUGCUACAGGCUCCUAUUACAGACGUACGAUGACGGAAUCAUAGUGUAGAAAGCAGGAUAUUCAUUUUUUCAUAAGCCUUGACCUGUUGGACUCUUAGAAUGAGCUUGGGCCGUGUGGUACUUCAAGACCUACCUUUGGUCAGCUGAUGGUGGUGGAGAGGCUCUUGAUUCAGCACCAUGGAUGAAGAUGGAGCAGAACCGUGACCAUGUGGCCAUUUCACUCUCACUCUGGCUCCUUUCAAAUGACUGAGCUGUUCCUAUUGGCUGUUCCACUUUAUGGAUGCUGCCUGCCCCAGCACCAGGAAAGAAGCCUUAUAUUUAGACACAGAGUGCAGACCUGUCUCUCUCUCUCUCUCUCUCCAACCUCCUGCUGUCUCAGGAUCCACACACACAUUCCCUGAAUGGAGCUUGGGGGUCUCAGGUGCCUAAUAUUUUAGGAGCAUUUUUAACCUCUGUAUAUUUAUAUAGAUGAUUAUAUUCAAUAAAAAUAGGACAAAUAUGUUGAAUAGGGAAAAUAAAUGAGGCAAUUGAAGAUAAUUUGAAGGGACCGCAUACAGUACAUGUAGUUGAUAUAGGUGGCAUUAUUUUGGGGGGGAGGACUAGAUAAGAUAUGCAGGUGUAUGACAAAAUAACACAUCUUAUAGCAGCGGUCUCCUGGUUUUGCUCCCAGUCAACAGCACUACCUCAUUUCUUUACAGGAUGGUUUGUUGGUGAUUUUAAUAGUGUCAUGCAGAUAGGUGCAUCUUUUAGAAUCUGUUUUUGAACUGUUUAAUUCAUAGCCUUCAAUACUUUCAGGAAUAAUUUCCUGUCCCCUUCUUUCUGUAUACAUCGAUGCGUAUUCCCUACAGGAAAUGACACGUAUGGUACAUAAUGGCCUGUCUCAGAUCUCUGUUUAUUGGCCUUUUCCCCUUUAUUAGUUGUUCCAUUAGAUUUGGGUUUCCAACUGUAGUCACAUCUACUUUGGACCGGAAAAGAUAAACAUUUUUAAUUGACCAAUUACCGCAAAUCACUUUUCAACAUAGGUAAAUAAUUCAGCAUUUUAGUUACCAGGCCUAAUAUAUGGUAGCUUGUUACUAGACCUACUACAUAUGAACAAGGCUCCGUCAGGAGGCCUCACCCUUUGUGAUGCCAUCUCACUCAUCCUUUCUCAGCUGUGUCUAAGCUCCUCCCUCUGCAGGUGAGGGGGGUGGAAAUAUCAUAGAGAAAUAGACCUAGAAACCACUUCUAUUUUCAGCCAUAUUUCCUGUCUUUAUUGGAAUUUUGACUCUCGCCAGCCUGAGGUCUUUCACAAUAACACAUGUAAAGUCUACACCCCUUUGAACUUUUUUCACAUUUUUUUUGCGUUACAAAGUGGAAUUAAAAUGGAUUUAAUUGCCAUUUUUAUAGACUGUAAUUUUAAAGUGGAAGAAAAAUUAUAUAUUUUUUUUAAGAUUCAUGAAGAAAAAACUAACUUUAAUGUAACUUGUUAGGUAAAUAUUCACCCUCCUGAGUCAAUACAUGUUAGAAUCACCUCAGUCUUCUUGGGUAAGUCUCAUAAAAGCUUUGCACAUCUGAAUUGCACAAUAUUUUCCCAUUAUUCUUUAAACAAUUCUUCAAGCUCUGUCAAGGUGUUGGGGAUAAUGGCUAGGACAGCCAUGUUCAAGUCUUGCCCAACAAAUUCACACAGAUUCAAGUCAAAACUGUAACUUGGUUCUCAGGAACAUGCACUGUCUUCUUGGUAAGCAACUCCAGUGUAGAUUUGGCUUUGUGUUUUAGGUUAUUGUCCUGUUCAAAGGUGAAUUCCUCUCCAGGUGUCUGGUGUAAAGCAGACUGAAGCCCCGUCUUUUCUUUUCAUCCUGAAAACUCCCCCGUCUUUGCCGAUGUCAAACAUACCCAUACCAUGAUGCAGCCACCUCCAUGCUGGAAAAUAAGAAGGCAGUAACUCUAUGAUGUCUUGUGUUGGAUUUGCCCAAAACAUAAUGCUUUGCAUUUAGGCCAAAAGGUGUAUUCAUUUUCUGUUUUGUUUUUUUGUUGUUGCAAUAUUACUUUAGUGCCUUGUUGCAUACAUAUGCAUGUUUUGGAAUAUUUGUAAUCUGUAUAUUUGUAUUAUCUUUUAACUCUGUCAUUUAGGUCAUUAUUGUCGAGUCACUACAAUCUUGUUGAGCCAUCCUCUGUUUUCUCCCAUUACAGCCAUUCAAUUCUGUAACUGUUUGGUGACAGGGUGAUGGUGACAUCCCUAAGCAGUUUCCAUCCUGUCCUUCAGUUCAGAAGGACGACUGCAUUUUUGAUGUCUCUGGGUGGUUUAAUACAUCACCCACAGCAUUAUUAUUAACAUGACGAUGCUUAAAGAGAUAUUCAAUCUCUGAUUUGUUAUUGUUAACCAUCUACCAAUCACAGCCCUUCUUUGAGGCUUUCCAAAAGCAUACCUGGUCUUGUAAUUGAAUCUGUGCUUAAAAUUCAAUAGUUGACUGAGGGACCUUACAGAUGUUGUAUGUAUGGUGGACAGAGGAAGGGUUAGUCGUUCAAAAAUCAGUUCCAACUGCUAUUAUUUCACACAGUCCAUGUAACUUUUAUGUGAUUUCUUCAGCCAAAUGUUACUUCUGAACUACUUUAGGCUUGCCUAAACAAAGGGGUGAAUAGUUGUGCAAGAGCUAUAUUUCAGUUUUAUUAAUUUGUAAACAUGUGUAGAAUGUUCUUUAAACUUUCACCUUAUGGAGUAUUUUGUGUAGAUCAGUGACAAAAAAUAUACAAUGAAAUUGACUUCAAUCCCACUUUGUAACGCAACAAAAUAUGGAAAGAAAGUAAGAGGUGGUGUAGACUUUACAUUGGCGGUGUAAAUGUUGUAUUACCCUCAUGUUUUCAUUUUCCUUCUUUAUAGCAUUUUUAAACAAGCAUCUUUAUUUUAUUUAGCAUAAUGCAUGCUUACAUUUCUUAUACUUAUACAUACUUUGUGUACCCUAACAAAAUAUUUAUUCAAAAUUGUCUCUCCACACAAGGACAAGAAUAUCUCGUCAUACUUUGUGUGAGGCUUUUUGUCUAAAUACAGGUAUAAUGGGCCUGUUGUAAACGUGGCCUAAGACAUUGAGUCUUAUGGUGUGUCAGAUGAAUGAGGACUCAGUUAGUCCAGAUAGGUGCUAGAACUCAGAGGCAUAUAGAAGAGUCUCAUAACUAAAGCAUUCCAGUUUUAUACUUUGAACAGACCUCACUCAGGAUCAGGCAUGCUCAAACUUUAUUGAAGCAAAAUAAUGUCCAUUUUGUGUUGCCAUCUUUACAACCCAUACAUUCUCAGUCUCGCAUCUUUACAACCCAUACAUUCUCAGUCUCGCAUCUUUACAACCCAUACAUUCUCAGUCUCGCAUCUUUACAACCCAUACAUUCUCAGUCUCGCAUCUUUACAACCCAUACAUUCUCAGUCUCGCAUCUUUACAACC